AACCGAAAUCAGAUUCAUUCGAAAAUCUGAUCUGCGAAUUUUUUUUUGUAGCAAAUCCAAUUAAGAUGUAAACAAUUGGAUGAUAUCCAUAUAUCUUAUAUAUAGUUUUUUUCGGUUAUUCAUUCGAACAAUUUUAUCCAUUAUAAACAUCAUUAAUAAUAAUAAUCUAUUGGAAAUAUGUCGUCAUCAGCAUCGGAAACAAUUGAAACACCAAUCUCAUCGAAUGGAAUAAGUAAUUUUAAAAGUUUAUGCAUUGUUAUCGUUGUCAUCGGUUGUUUUGCUGUUUUAUGGCCAAAAAUUUUCUAUCCAAUGCUUUUAUAUGGUUUAAGAUGGGAUUCUCGACAAUCGUCCGAAAAUGCUGCAGCAAACAACUAUAUGCUACCACCAAAAGUAUUGGAAGCGAUGAGACAAUCUCCAAAUAAAAAUACGCAACCACAAAAACUUCCCGGAAGGCCCCAAUUUUACACCGGUAAACGUGAAAUUUUGACUGGCGUAGGUGGUAGCCAAAACAGUGUAUGGAAUGUAUUUGUUCCAUUAUAUGCCUUGAUUUUGAUCGUUAUCUUUAUGUACGCUUUAUUUAAGUUAUCACUAAAAUCUGAUGAUUAUGAUCAAUCAACGACAACAACCAAAGGAUCUCAUCAAAAAAAAUCAUUAUGGUCAUCAUUACAUGAUCCUAAAGAAUGUCGUGAAUGUCAAUAUGAUUUAUUAAGACAUGAAUAUACAUACAAACGUUAUGAUCCAUUCAUGUCGCGUAGUUCAUAUCGAACAUUCGAUUAUUAUGGACGUAGAAACGUCAGCCGAAUUAUGCAUUCAUUAGUGGAAGAUGUUAAAACAUUUCGUGAUAAUCUAAUUAGAACGGAAAAAUGUUCAUGUAAAUUGGCUGAUUGUGAAAAAGAUGGCGAUCAAGCGAAAAGUUCUCUUGAGACGGAUAAACAAAUCAACGAUCAACAGAUAAAGCAAAACGAAAACGAUAAUGAAGAAGAACAACAAAAACAACAGGAUUCAAAAGUCUCAAAAGAAGAAAAUUCGAUGACAGAAAAUCAUUGCAUUUAUAAUAUGAAAAACAUUAAUGUGACAGCACAGCAGGAUCACAGUGAUGAUGAUGAUGAUGAUGAACAAAUUGAUCAUGCAAUGGCAGAAGAUUGCCAUGAGAAUAAUGACAAAAAUAGAAAUGAAGACGAGAAGGAAAAUGAAGAAAAUAUUAUCAAAAAAACAAAUGCUGUUGAAAUUUUGAACAACAAACAUUAUCGAAUGAUGCGAAAACGCAUCAUUGAUAAUUUCAGGACAAAAAUUUUCAAAGACAAAUGCAAUGACGAAUUAAAUGAUUUCGAACAGCAAUCGAAAAGUUCAUCAUCAAAAUUGGUACGAAGAAUCAAUCAUAAACUGGAAAAAUUUAUGCAUUUGAAGAAAAAAUGAACAAAUUCUCAUUAAGAUGACAUAAU